AAGAAGCUGAAGCUGCCAGUGGAUAAGGGUGACGAGGGUGGAAAAGGGAUGGAGUUGAUGCCGCGGGCAAGUCAAAAGCGUGCAGCACAAACGACACAAUCGCGAAAUCCCAUCAGACGCGCUCACAGCGAAAGGCAUUUGUCUGGUGCGCCCAAUGUCUCCGUGUCCGUCUCUCAAACCUACGCCAGCAAGGAACCCAACUCGAACCAGGUCCUGCAGCCAAGGGCCAGCAAUGGGCCGCAGAAUGUCAUUUUAAAUUUUAAGGACACAAUGGCGCUGCGCAUAAAAAGCAACCGCAACGACUCGAGAGAUUUAUUUCAAAGGCGGCCCACGGAGCCGCCGCCACCACCGCCGCCCCCAAAGACCGCAAACGGAUUAGAGGAGCAGCCACACCAAAUCAAUAAGUCAACUCCUCGACAGCAGCCACAGAGGACUGUGGUGCGAGUGGCGCCCUUUAAUAAGAGCAGUGAUGGCGCCCAUGAGGUGCAUCGCCUUAAAAUCUCGCACAGCGAACAGGAUGAGCAUCUGCAACUGUUGGAGCACAAUGUUGUACUACGUAAUCCAAGCAGCACAAGGUACUGCGACUCUAUGGAAGCGGAUGUGGCGCCCAAGAAGACAUCAAUACUGAUCAAUGGCGAUGAUUGUUAUUCGACAAUGAACCUCAGUGCCGAUGCAGCGCAACCACUGUACCAAUCCUCGGUGGUGGUCAACAGCCAGACGGCGAACAGUGUCUGCAUUAAUGUGAGCAGUGCCGAGGAGUUGAUACAACAACACAAUCUACUCAACACGCUGCGCAGUCAGCAGCAUAAUCUGGGCGCCAUUAUACCAAUUAGAAGCAGCAUUGGCAACGAGGUGAAUCUGCAGCGUUCCGCCUCCUGCAUUUCAUCCACCUCGAGCAGCUCCACAUCGAGCAGCAGCAGCAGCAGUGGACGUGGUCGCACUCUGAUAAGACUUGACUAUGAUAAGGAGACGCCAACGAGGGUUCCAGCUACCACAACCACGCCCAUCAAUACACCGCCAGCAAUUAGCUCCACGCCAGCUACACCACCACCGCCAAGCACACCUUUGUCCUCGCCCUCCACCUCCAGCUCCCCCUCGCCUUUGUCUUCUCCCUCCUCGCAUCUCGUGCCGCACGAGACGGAGCUGCUGAAGAUCUUGCGUAAUCCCGUCGAGGCAGUCAAGCGCAAUUUGGUGCCACAUGUUUGUGGCCUAAGAGUUCCCACUGCGGACACCUCCAGAGGAGUGGGCAGCAGCAAGAAGCUGCAAGAGUCCCAGUCCACCAGCAAAGACUCCCCGACGGGCAGCUUUAUAGCCAAGCUGCUCCAAGAUCCCAUGCUGGGACAGGUGGCCGAUGGCUUGGAGACGGAUACGGUGGCGGAACUGAUAGAGAACUCACUGCAGCGACUGCAGCAGACGCGACAGGGCAUCGACAUGAGCGGCACCAAAGAUCACGACGAUAUGAACCGGCUGAUCAGCGUGUCGCUGCAACGUGUGCGUCUCGAGCGGCAGCCCGUUGUGGUGGCAACCAAAGAGGAUCAGACAGAUCGUCUGUCCAAUCGUGGCAGCAUUAGCUCCGCCAAUAGCUUCGCCUCCGCCCACAACUACGAGCUCUUUGACUUCGAGGCGGCGGCCAAUGAAUCCGAUUGCUAUCAGAGUUGCUCCAGCGAGUUGACAGCCGCCGGCGUCAUCGAGGAGGAGGAGGAGGAGGGUAAGGAGCAAGUGCCGCAAGAGUCGGAGGAGCAGCAGGAUGUGGAUGCCGCAACGCGUGCCAAGUUCUAUCAGCUGCUGGUGGAUGCCACACUGGCGGAGAUUGAGCAUGCCACGCACACGGAAGCGGAACAUCAUUACGAGUCCAUCCGGCUCAAUGGGGAUCCCAUUUACGAGGAGAUCAACGAGGUGCCGCCUCCAUUGCCACUGACAGCACCUCCCCUCAACGAUGCCGAGCUGGAGAAGAAGGCGGCACGCUCGAUAUUUGAGGGAGCUUCCAAGUACGACAUACUCUCCUAUCUGGUGGAUGCCAAGGAGCGUGGAUUGGUGCGUGAGGAGAGCUUCGAUUACAGCAACAAUCCCAAGAUCAUCGAGGAGGAGGCAACCGACACACUCAGUGAGCUGGAGAAGCGUGUGAGUAGCGACGAUAGCCACAGCAAUAUGAGCUCCCUCUCCCCGCCGCCGCACACCUUCAUCUGUGGCAAGAGCGGCAGCGAUGUGGAGCGUCAGGACUCGGGCGUCGGCUCGGAGACGAGCAAAUCCUCGAGGAGCAAGUAUCAGCCAGCGGUGAGUCCAUUGCAUCUGUGCGAGGAUUGCGAUGGCGCUGUGGAGACGCAGCUGAGCGAGACGGGCGUGCUGUAUGCCCCGCUGGUGUGCCGCAAGUGUGGCAAGAAGCGUGUGGAGCGCAAGGAGAUCAUCACUGAGAUUGUGGAGACGGAGGAGAAAUAUGGCCGCGAUUUGCAAAUCAUACUGGAAGAGUUCUGUCAUCCGAUGCUCGUGGCCGGUCUGCUCACACAGGAGCAGCUCUCCGCAAUCUUCCUCAACACGGAAGACUUGCUCGAGAACAAUCAGACGCUGGCCGAGCGUAUGCGCGAUGCCCUGGACAUUGCCCUCGAGCAGGGCGAUGAUGAUCUACUCACGGUUAACAUUGGACGCAUCUUUCUCGACUUUACCCAAAUGCUGCACGCCUUCGAGAGCUACUGUGUGCGGCAAGCGGGCGCCAGCCUGCUCCUGGCCAAUCUCGAAAAGGAAAAGGAACUGCUGCGCAUCUUCCUCAAGGUAUCGCAAAUGGAGAACGCCGUGCUGCGUCGCAUGAAUCUCAACUCGUUUCUCAUGGUGCCCGUGCAGCGCGUCACCAAGUAUCCAUUGCUACUGGCGCGACUGUACAAGGUGACGCCGGCACACCUCGACGGACGUGAGCUGCUCAAACAGGCGCAGGAGAAAAUUGAAUUGCAUUUGAAUCACAUCAACCAGGAGGCCAAGGAUGUGCCCACCAAGCUCUGGCGUCGCAUCAGCUCCUCCAGCCCCAAUCGUCGCGCCUCCUGCGAAAUUGAUAUGAUAAACAUCAAGCUGCGCAAAAUGGCCAUCGACAUACUCGAAUGGAAUCACGAUGAGGUCCGUUUCGCCAUGGAGGGUAAGCUGCUCUACACGCAGCCCACCGACAGCAACUGGAAGAAGGCGCGCACCAUCAAACUGACCCCAGUCAAUGCGCUGCUGGUGACCAAUGGCAAGCCAAGUGCCAAUUAUAGGGCAGAGAAGGCCAUGUCGGAUAAACUGAAUUUCCCGAAGCACACUGGCAUUCGAGAGGCCUCCCUAUUGCUGGUGAAGGAGAAGUGCGGACGCUAUACAUUGAUACGGGAGCCGUUGUAUCUGGACAGAUGUGUUGUGUGCAGCGAAGCGGAUUGGGAUGAUUAUUUCGAAGUGCAGGAAAUUUCAUCGAAGGACACAUUCAUAUUCAAAGCCGAGGAUGGAGUAAGGACGAAACAGUGGUACACACAGCUCCAGUACCACGCCCAGGGAAUGGGGGCGUGGCGCAAGCGACGCAAUGCGCUGGCCAACAUUAUGAUCAAUGGCAUGCUGGCUCGCAGUUAGUUUUGAUUAAAUAAUCGAUAGGACAAUCGAUAGCAGACAACA